AUGAGGUUGGAGCUGCUGCUCCUCGUGGCUGCGGCGUUUCCCUCGUGUUUGAGCCAGGCAGGCCACGAGUCUGGCCAGGAUUCCCGGCAGGAUUCCCGCCAGGAUUCCCGGGGUUCCCGCCAGGAUUCCCGGGGUUCCCGCCAGGAUUCCCGCGGUUCCCGGCACCGCCCCACGCCCACCCCGAGGCUCCUCCCGGCCCCGUUGCUGCUCCAGCUCCCCCCGGAGCCGGGGCCCCCCCGGAUCCGCUGCCUGGCCCCUCGACGUUUCUCCGGGAGCACCUUUGAGCUUUUCCAGGGAAUCCCGGCCAUCCUGGUUCGGAGCAUCCCGGCCGCUCCCGACGAGCACUGGGUCGAGUUCUCCCUGCCCGGAGCCGCCCGGUGCUCCCGGUGCCGGUACCGGAGCCACAACGGCAGCGCCUGGCUGGAGUCGGAGCUGAGCCGCGGCACCGGCAGCUCGGGUUUGGGCGAUGCCGAGUGUCAGCCCAGCGAUGUCACCGCCACAGGAGCCCCGGGCACCGCCGGGACCCUGCGGAACGGGAACGGCAACGGGAACGGGAACGGGAACGAUCCUUCCUGGCUCCUGCCGGUCUCACUCGGUGCCGCCGUCCUGGGGUUGCUGCUGCUGCUGGGGGCUGCGGCCGCGGGCUGGAGAGGUGGGAGAGGGGCUCGGAACCGGGAAUUCCAGGGGGCCUCCAGCGGCGCCGUGGACAGAACCACACGGUCCCAGCCCCGGUAA